UCGACACGCGACAUCGACGGACGACGAGCCUUUUCAUUGAUCACCAGCUUUUUCACGCAGUGAACAUCGAUUCGAGUGCUGCCUUCUGUGCAUUCAACGUAACAAGAAAAAAACGGCCGAUAUCAAAAUUCUAAUAAAUUUUAUAAUUACAAGUGCUAAAAUCAGUUUCAUUAUUAAAUUUGUGCAGUUCUAACUACUGAAUUAUCAAAAUGUCUCAAGUCGAGAAGAAAACCGAACAAUCCACCGGAGAACACGAGACCGAUACUUCGAAGGGUAAUUCUGAGUAUCAACGCAGAAUCAACGUCGCUAAUUUGCCAUGGGAUGUGACCGAGCAGCAGUUGCGUAAUUUGUUCAGCGAUCAUGAGGUCGAGAAGGUGGACAUAUAUCAUUACCGCAGGUACACAGUGGCCGCUGUUUUGUUCAAGAACAAAGAAACUAAGGCUGCGGCUCUCGCUGGGAAGGAAAACUUCAUGUUCGGUGAUCGCCGUCUGCGCAUGUACUCGGAACUCACAUACAUCCGCUAUAUCAAGCGAGAGCUCGUCGUGACCGCCAUUGAAGAUGAGAACAUGACCGAAGAGCAACUGUGGGAUAAGGUCAAGGCUGCUGGAGUGGAACCAACUUCGGUGCUGAUCUUCUACCCGUUGGGCUACGUUACCUUGGAGAAGGAUUGCGACAAGCCUGCCGUGCUGGAAAAGCUAAAGGCAGCUGGUUUUAAUGCGCAUGACGUGAACCAACGUGACCAGAACCACCAUUUGGAUAUCUGGCGUGAGGCCACAUUAUUCUUCCGGAACCGCAAUCGCGUGCAGCUUUUGAACAUCCCCAGCAAGUGGAUUGAAGAUAAGGAGGAGAUGAAGAAGCAGUGCGCCGAAGGCGGUACCAUCAUCGAAGCUGUUACAAGUAAUGCCGCUCAAAAUCCCUCAGUGAUUCCCAACUAUGCUCGUAUCUUCUAUGAGACUGAAGAACAGGCCGCCAAAGCUGCAAAGGCUCUGAAUGGACGCGUUGUUGAAGGCAAGCGUAUCCAUGCUCUGUAUCCGGGAAUUGUUUUGAUGCCCAACUACAAGACUUCGGUCUAUGUUACGUCGUUGAGUAAGGGCGUCACGGAAGAGCAGGUCUACGACUACUUCAAGCAAUUUGGCGAAAUCGAGUUCACCAGCCGUCGCAACUGCGGCGAUGCUGCUAUAAUCUGUUUCAAGAACGCUGCUUCCGUUGAUAAGGCACUUGCAUGCACCACCUUCCCGGCUCCUACCGAGGAGAACAAGGAUGCUACCAAGGAGGUCGUUGUUAAGAAAUACGAUGGCCCAUUGGUACUACGCCCGUUUACCUUCAAACGCAAGCUGGAGUCCACAGAGGGAGAAAAAGUAAAAACUGAAAAAACCAAAGAGCAACGAAGUGUGCUGCAUAAGUUGAAGGCUUACCAUCCGAUCUACGUUGGCAACGUGCCGUUCAAUUGUCCACCUUUGGAACUAAAGCAAUACUUCGCCCAGCAUGGACCAAUCAAGUUCAUGUUCUCGCCACAAAUUUUCUCCUACCGCAACAGCGCACCACAUCCCGUGAAGACGUUUAUCGUCUACUAUAUGAACCGUGAAAGCCAGCAGAACGCUGUCCGCUUCUUCGAUCAUAAGUUCUUCGGUGGCCACCGAUUGCAUGUGCUUCCACUGCGUGGAGCACAAUGCAUGGAUGUUAAGAAGACCAUCAAGAUGACCCAGCUGCCAUCCAUGUCUGAGGAUGCUUUGUUCAAGAAAAUCAAACCAUUCGUUGGCAAGAUCAAUCGCAUCGUGAAGAAGGUUCGGUUUGAAGCGUUUAUCGAACUGGAAGAUACCGCUGAUGUCGUGAAAUUGAUGAAGACUGAAACCCCAAACCAUCCCCUGCCGAAAAGCAAGAUGGAACAGCUCACUACCCCGAUCAGCGUUCGCUUAUACGAUGAGGACGAUGUUCGCAUUUUGAACGGCAUUGCGAAGAUCGUCGAAAAGAACCCAGACAUGUUGAAGAAGACUGUUCUACCACUCAACAAGCGCCCACGAAUGGACUUCGGCGGCCCAGGUUUUAAUCAAGGCCCUGGAGGCUUCAAUCCCAAUAUGAACAAUCCAAAUGCUAUCCAAGAUUUGUUGCGCCUUGCGUUUUUGUCCGGCAAGAACGUUGGCGAGAGUCUGGCUUCUAACCAGAGCUCGUUCGGAUCUGACUCAUCAAUCGCCAAUUCCACCAACUUUGGCGACGGCAGUUUUGGUAACCGUAACCGCAACAGCCAAGGCGGUAACCAAGGUAACAUUCGUGGUCAAGGAAAAAUGAACCAGAAUUCUGGUGGCAACAAUAAUGCCGGAGGUAACAAUUUCCAAGGUUCCCCAGGAAAUCAAAACCGUGGUGGACAAAACAUGAAUCGUGUUAAUCAGCAGAACCAGAACCGUAGUGGUAUUAUGAACACGAGUAACAUGAAUCAGAGCGGAGGUAAUUUCAAUCGCCCUCAGCAAAAUAAGCCAAUGAACAUGAAAACCGGCAAUCAAAAUCGCAAUAAUCAGGUUGGUGGUUUCAAUAUGAACCGCAACCAAAAUAACAGCAGUUUUGAUAACGACAAUUCCUUUGGCGGAGGAAAUAACUUUGGCAACAACCGCAGCAACAAUUUUUCCAAUGAUAGUUUUGGAAUCGACGAUAAUAACUUUGAUAACAAUGGCAGCAAUAACUUCUCGAACGACAACUACGGUGGCAAUACUAGCCGUAACUUCGGUGGUAACAUGCGCAACCAGAACGAUAACUUCAACUCGUUCGGUAGCGGAAAUAAUAGUGGCAGCACCGGUGGAAACAAUCGCUUCAUCAACGAUGGGAACAAUUACAAAAGCAGUUUUAACAACCGCAGCAACCAAAACAAUAGUUUUGACAACGGUAACAACUUUUCUGGCAAUAAGGGUGGCAAUUUCGGCAACCGUCAGAACAAAUCUUUCAACCAGAGUGGCAACCAGGGAGGUGGUAUGUCGUUUGGUGAAUUUAAUUCGAAUAAUUCCAACCGUAGCGGUAAUUUCGGGGCAAACAAUUCUGGGUUCAGUCCUGGCAAUGCCGGAGGAAACAAAUGGAACAACAAUUCCCAACAGUCCAAUACUGGCAGCCGCCUCGCUGGUAGCAUUUUCAGUCGACGCUUUUAAACAGCUAAUGUAAGGAAAAGUUUAUUUUUACUUAACGAUUAGUGUUUAUGAUUUCUUCUAUCCCAAUGGGGAUGCCAGAAGGCCUGUCUAGGAAGCGUACUCUUUCUAGGUUUAGGCACAAGAGACAAAUGUAUACUAUUUUUAAGUCAACCGCGCAUUUCUUAACACAAAUGAGACGAAUGAAAAUAAUAAUAAUUUACUGUUCUUUUUACAAAAUUUGUAUUUUCAAAUGUCGGUGCACUUCUAAUGAGGUUAGCGACCGUAUCCAAGACAUAUUCACAAAAAUGAAUGCUAAUAUGUACAUAGAUUUCUUGACAUCUUCGCGAUGGACAUUAUAACAACAUAAACAUUAUAAAAUGAACAACUAUUAGAUUGUUAUACUAAUGUUAAACUGAAAUAAAAUGUGUAAUACUGAAGUUAAAUCAAA